AUGGCAGGACGAGACUGGUCUGGACCCCACGUCUCAGAAGCGUCUUGGCCGUUAGUGCGGUCAAAAACAGCGCAAGGAGCAGUCCAGACCGACACCAUUGGCCAGCUGCGGUUGCGCAAGACUGGCGGUGGAUGGGGCCUGGAGCCGGGGUGGCUUGUCAGCCAGGUCACAGCGGGAUGUCAGCGAGAUCAGAAAGGUCGGGAUGCCGCUACCCUCAGUCGAGUGCUGAUCAGCGCGGCGAUUGCGGUGGACUGGAUUGACGCCAGCAACUCCGAGAUGAGGAAGAGUGGAAAGGGGACCAGAGCCGCCGUUCUUGACGAUGUUAGCCGCUAGCUGUGGCAGCAUGAUUUAAGUCCGUGUGGAGCGCGAGGAACAUGGUGGAUCCCAGCCAGGCUCAACUGGAA